AUGUUCCAGGUGCGAUCCCUCCCCCCCAUCACAUGCAAUUUUAUUCCAUUCCCCCAUUCCGUUGUACUGACUCGGGAGGACGGCAAGGCCUUCCAGCCCAACCCGGAGGACCGCCUCCACCUCCGCCUCCACCGGGCACGGUCGGUCAUCCUGACGCCGGAAGAGCUCGUCGAGAUCCGCGCCGCCCAGCGCACCUUCGAGGGCGCCUACAUGCGCACCGCCCUCUCGCAGUUCUCCUUCGCCCUCAUCAUCCUCAAGAUCUUCACCUCCGAGUUCUACGCCAUCGGCGCCCUCUUCGCCGUCUACGGCGCCGCCGUCAUGCUCGUCGCCGCCUACCGCCGCUACGAGGGCAACCGCCAGUUCUUCAGCGAGGACGUGCUCGAGGAGGACGAGCACGACCCGGGCUCCGCCGUCGUCACCCAGCGCAAGCGCUUCCGCACCUCGGGCAACAGCGUGCUCAUGCUCACCCUCCUCAGCCUGUCCGCCUACAUCUCCCUGCUGGUCCUCUUGUGGGAGCUGAAUGGGUAA